AUGGCGCCAGCAACCUCCGGCGGCAAGAAGCAAAAGAAGAAGUGGUCGAAGGGAAAGGUCAAGGACAAGGCCAACCACGCAGUCAUCCUCGACAAAGCCACCUCGGAUAAACUCAACAAAGACGUUCAAUCGUACAAACUCAUCACAGUCGCAGUUCUGGUCGAUCGUCUGAAGGUCAACGGUUCAUUGGCAAGAAGAGCACUGAGAGAUUUGGAGGAGAAGGGCACCAUCAACAAGGUUGUUUCGCACAGUAGUGGCUCGAUCUACACAAGGGCGGUCACCUCUGACUAA